AAAAAAAAUAAAACAUUCUUUUUAUAUAAAGAGGUUUGAUUACAGGACAAUUUUAAUAUUAUAAUGAAUAAAAUUAUUUGCUAGAGUUUGUUACAUGGCUACUUGAAAUAUACUGCCAAAACAUUUAACCUGAUCUGCAAAAUGUUCCAUUUUAUUUUGAAAAGAAACACAGGAUAAAAACUUUAUUUUCGUGACUGUUGGCAAUAUCAGAUGCUGUAAGCAAUGUUUUCUAUUUCAACAGAUGAUGAAUGUAAAAAAGAUAGAUCUGAUCAUCAUGAUAUGUGUAUAUACAUGUAUGUUUGUCUACCGAAAUCGAAUGAACUAUGAUAUUCUAGUUCAAUACCAAGAGCAACCGUGUCACAAGUGUGAGAUAUUUGUCACUGCUAAUGAAACAGGUUGUGCAAUACCAGUGAAAACAACAAAAGAGAAUUCAGCGGUUGCAUUUGACAGCUUACUAUCAAAGGUAUUCAUCUAGUACAUACCAUGUUUUAUCAACUACUUUCAACGAAGAUCAUGUUAAUUAAACUUGGGUUUGUCGUCAAUCUAUGGAAGCGUCCUGGUGCCAGCAGUGAGAUUUGUAGUGAGUCCUACGUUUGGCGUAUUAAAUCUUGCAUGCACGAUUGACUUCCUACCUCCAACGCUCGUCAUUGGAUGUUAGCGUUUUCAGGUGGCUUAACAUUUUCCGAGAUGAUACCACUACAUUUGCUGCCUGUGUACUUGUGUGUACUUAGUACGGACUCAGCUGAAGUGAUCUUCUGUUAUUUUGUGGAUGAGCUCAGAUAUGCCAGUAGAAAUCCAAAUUUACUAAAGCAGCUUAUAGCGAAAAAUGACAAAAACACGAAACGAAAACAGUACUGUGGUAUCGCUAGUGAUGUAUUACACAAAAUAGUUGCAAAGAUGACAUCUGAAAAAUACAACUGCGAUGCUGACCUAGAAUAUCCUUCAUUUAGUCCUGCAGACUUUAACUGCAAGACUUCUAAAAGAAAAGAAACUCAACUGCAGCUUAAAAAAUGGGUUCACAUGUUAAGCCCGCUAAAUUCUAAUUUAUUCUAA